AGUGCCGAAAAGUACGACCCAUCAGCCAUGAGAGUGGUUGUGCUUGCCCUGACUCUGGCCCUUGCGGCCUGUCAACGUGACUUAGCUCCUGACUUUGCUGCUGGUAAGACAUAUGUGUACAAAUAUGAGACAUGGCUCCUCGGCGGUCUCCCGGAGGAAGGACUGGCGAGAGCUGGGCUCAAAGUGAGAAGCAAAGUUUUAAUCAGCGCCAUUGAACACAACAUGCUCACGCUCAAGCUUACCGAACCUGAGUUCUUCGAGUACAGUGGUGUUUGGCCAAAGGAUGCUUUUACUCCGGCCACCAAGCUGACUUCGGUCCUGGCACCUCAACUUAUGAUCCCCAUCAAGUUUGAGUACUCCAAUGGUGUUGUCGGAAAAAUGUUCGCGCCCGAGGGAGUCUCGGUCAUGGUGCUGAACAUCUAUAGAGGUAUCCUGAGUGUCCUGCAGCUCAACGUAAAGAAGACACAGAAUGUCUACGAGAUGCAGGAGGCCGGAGCUCAGGGUGUGUGCAAAACUUUCUAUGCCAUCACUGAAGACGAUAAGGCUGAACGCAUCCUCCUGACAAAGACCAGGGAUCUGAACCACUGUCAGGAAAGGAUUGUGAAGGACAUCGGGUUGGCCUACACUGAGACAUGUGCUAAGUGUCAGCGGGAUUCCAAGACCGUAAAAGGUGCAACCGCAUAUAACUACGUUCUGAAGUCAGUUCCCAACGGUCUCAUGAUCUUGGACGCAUCCGUGAAUGAAGUCAUUCAGUUCACACCUUUCAAAGAGAUAAAGGGAGCAACUCAAAUGGAGACCAAGCAACAUUUGGUUUUCGUUGAGGUGCAGAAUAAGCCCUUAGUGCCCGUGAAGGCUGAGUAUCGUCCACGUGGAUCCGUACAGUAUGAGUUCUCCACUGAGCUGUUGCAAACACCCAUCCGGCUUGUGAAGGUCACCAACCUCCAAACUCAGAUAGAGGCGGUUCUAAGUCAUAUAGUCGCCAGCAAUGUGGAACGUGUCCAUGACGAUGCCCCUCUCCAAUUUUGGGAGUUCAUUCAACUCCUUCGUAUGGCUAAACUUGAAGAGCUGCAAAUGGUCUGGAGGCAGCACAAGACAAAACCUGCAUACAGGCAAUGGAUUUUGGAUACGCUUCCUUCCGUUGGAACUCCUGUUGCACUGAGAUUCAUCAUUCAGAGAUUUGAGGCUGCGGAACUCAGCACUGUUGAGGUCGCUCAAGCUUUGAUUGCAUCAGUUCAUAUGGUGACAGCCAACCAUGAGGCCAUUCAGCUGUUUGAUAGCUUGAGAGUCAACCCCAAAAUAAAGACGAACCCCAUUCUGAAUGAGAUUGUGUUACUUGGCUAUGGCACCAUGGUUUCUAAAUAUUGUGCCGACAAGCCAGUCUGCCCCGUUGAACUGGUCAAGCCCAUCCACACCCUUCUUGCGGAGUCUGUCUCCAAGGGCGACACACGGCAAAUGAUUUCCAUUUUGAAGGUGUUGAGUAAUGCUGGCCAUCCAAUGAGCCUGAAGCCGAUCACAAAGGUCCUUCCCAUUCAUGGCACAGCGGCUACAAGCCUACCAAUCAGAGUUCACGCUGAGGCAAUCAUGGCCUUGAGGAACAUCGCCAAGAAGGAACCAAGAAUGGUCCAGGAAAUGGCCCUUCAGCUGUAUAUGGAUAAGGCUCUUCAUCCUGAGCUCCGCAUGCUUGCAUGCAUCGUUAUCUUCGAGACUCGCCCUGCAGUGGGUUUAGUGACAAGUCUUGCAAAUCUUCUGAAGAUGGAGGAGAAUUUGCAGGUGGCGAGCUUCACCUACUCUCACAUGAAGUCCCUGACCAGAAGCACUGCCCCCAACCAUGCUUCCAUUGCCGCUGCUUGCAGUGUCGCAGUCAAAAUCUUGAGCAAGAAGUUGGACAGACUGAGCCUCCGCUUUAGCAGAGCCAUUCAGUUGGACUUGUACAGCAAUCCCUUUAUGCUUGGAGCUGCCGUCAGUACUUUCUACAUCAAUGAUGCUGCCACCAUUUUGCCAAGAACCAUUGUGGCUAAGACCAGCGCCUACAUUGCUGGAGCCGCUGCUGAUGUCUUUGAAGUUGGAGUAAGAACUGAGGGACUCCAGGAGGCUUUGCUGAAAAGCCAUGCAUUAGCUGAUGAUGUGAACAGGAUCACCAAGAUGAAGCGUGUCAUCAAAGCUCUGUCUGACUGGAGGGCCAUGCCCAACAGCAAGCCUCUCGCCUCCCUCUAUGUCAAGUUCUUCGGACAAGAAGUUGCCUUCGCUGACAUCAACCAAGACUUGAUUAAGCAGGCCAUUACGCUGGCCAACGGGCCGUCCAUUCAGGAUCUUGGUAGGGACGUUAUCAGAUCUCUACUGUCAGGAGCCUCUUUCCAUGUUGCAAAGCCCGUGCUGGCUACUGAAGUGAGGCGCAUCAUGCCAACGGCCGCUGGAUUCCCAAUGGAGCUUGGCCUGUACACUGCUGCUGUGGCUGUUGCAGUUGGUAAAGUCAAGGCAACUGCAACUCCAGCCCUGCCAGAACCCAUCCAGUUCCGCCAUCUCCUGAAGACCAACGUUGAGCUUAUGGUUGACAUCAAACCAAGCGUUGUUGCAAACAUGUUUGCUGUGAUGGGUGUGAACACUGCAAUUCUCCAGGCUGCUGUCCUCUCAAGAGCCAAGAUCAACUCUGUUGUACCAGCCUCCAUUUCAGCAAGAGUUGAUAUCAAUGAGGGUCAAUAUAAGAUUGCCGCUCUCCCCGUUUCUGCACCUGAACACGUUGUAGCUAUUGAGGUUGAGAGCAUUGCUGUGGUGAGGAAUGUUGAAGACAUUCCCAAUCCCAGAAUCACCCCUCUCAUCCCUGCUGAAUACAUGAGACCAACUUCAAGGGAGAUCCUCACCUCAAAAACUUCCUCUGGGUCUGUUUCGGCUGCAUCCUCAGAGAUCCUUCAGGAUAUGGCAAGAGAUGUUCACCCUAUCAGAAGGAGAGCAUUUUCUAAAAAGUACAGUUUCCCAGUUUACGGAACUGGACUGAGAGGCUAUUUCAGGGUUGCCACCGACAAUGCUGCUUUUGUCAAGGACAUUCCAUUGUACAGAAUGGCUGGAAAUCACUCUGCCUUUUUGUCAGUGAAGAAGAAUGAAGAUGAAUCAAUUGAAAGACUGGAGAUGCUGGUUCAAGUCGGACCAAAGGCCGCAGAGAAAAUCAUCAAGAAGAUCAAUCUGGCUGAAGACGAAGUCAUCGAGGAAAGACCAGUCUUGAUGAAGCUCAAGAAACUUUUGAAUGGCAGCUCUUCCUCCUCCUCUUCUUCUUCUUCUUCAAGCAAGUCCUCUGCAUCUUCAGUGAGCAGCCCCAGCAGACGCACCAGCAGCAAAAGUAGCAGCAGCAGCAGCAGCAGUAGCAGCAAGAGCAGCAGCAGCAGCAGAAGGAGCGUCAGCAAACGAAGCAGCAGCAGCAGAAGCAGCAGAAGCAGCAGAAGCAGCAGGGUUGCUAAGAGCAGCUCUGCCUCCAGUUUGGAAUCUCUCUUUAGUGCCAGCUCUAGUUCCUCCCGUUCCAGUCGUCACACUUCGAAGCGGGUUAACAAGCGCACCUUCCAGCAAAACCACAAAAUGUUUCACGCUGGCUCAUCUCAGAAGAGCAGAAGCAGCGCCUCAAGUUUUGAGGCCAUCUACAACAAGAACAAAUUCCUUGCAACUGAAAAUGCUCCUGCCUUUGCUGUCAUCUUGCAAGCUGUGAGGACCGAUGGCAAGCUCCAGGGAUACCAAAUCACUGGCUACACCGACAAGACUAAUGCUCGACUUCAGCUAAUCCUGGCUGCCCUGGCUGCUGAUAACAACUGGAGGCUCUGUGCUGAUGGCGUUUUGCUCAGCAAGCACAAAGCCACUGCCAAAAUAGCUUGGGGACAGGCAUGCAAACAGUAUGACUUGACAGUCACCGCUGAGACUGGUCUCCUUGGUCCAAGUCCAGCAGCUCGCCUCAGAAUGACAUGGAAUCAACUCCCGGUUGUCUUCAAACGCUACGCAAAGAAGUAUGCUAGCAAUGCAAAGACUGCCGCCCCCCACCCCCAACCCUGUAAAUAUAAUAUCUGUUGUAAAAUCUUCCACCACAGGGCGUAUGACUACAUUCCUGCUUACGUAUGGGACAGCUUCAUCCGAAGCAGGGACAACAACAGUGUCGAUCAGUUGUCAUUCACAGUGGCCGCAACAUCUGAAAGGACCUUGGAUUUGAUUUUCAAGACACCAACACGCAGCAUCUAUAAACUGGCUUUGCGUCUGCCCCUUGCUUUGCCCCUGGAUGAGUUAACAGGACUCACGCCUUUUGAUGACCUGGCUGAUAAAGUCCGUUACUUGAUCUCAAAGGCCGCAGCAGCUGAAUGUAGUUCCAUUCGAGACACCGUGACCACGUUCAACAACAGGAAGUACAAAAACGAGAUGCCUCAGUAUUGCUACCAAAUUCUGGCACAGGACUGCAGUGAGGAAAUGAAGUUCAUGGUCUUGUUGAGGAAGGAUGAUAAUGUGCACAACCAUAUUAACGUUAAAAUCGCUGACAUUGAUAUCGACCUGUACUUGAGGGACACUAAUGUGGUUGUAAAGGUUAAUGGAAGGGAGGUGCCUACCAGCCAUCUGCCAUAUCAGCACCCAACAGAUAAAAUUGAGAUCAGACCAAACAGAGAUGGCAUCUCUGUCUACGCCCCGAGCCUCGGACUCCAUGAAGUCUACUUUGACAAAAAUUCUUGGACGAUCAAAGUGGCGGACUGGAUUAAGGGACAGACUUGUGGACUCUGUGGAAAGGCCGAUGGUGAGAUAAGACAGGAAUACCGCACUUCCAACAGACGCGUGACGAAGAACGCCGUCAGCUUUGCUCAUUCCUGGGUUCUGCCGGCUGAAAGCUGCCGGGACACCACAGAAUGUCGCAUGAAGGUCGAGUCUGUGCAGCUGGAGAAGAAAACGAAUGUCCAAGGUCAGGAGUCCAAAUGUUUCUCCGUUGAGCCUGUACUGCGCUGCCUGCCCGGUUGCCUCCCUACCAAGACCACCGCCGUUACCGUUGGCUUCCAUUGUCUGGCCAAAGGUGAGCGUUUAACAAAAUAUUCAGAAGCAGAAGAAUUCAAUCGUUUCUUAUCUUGCGUUGAUCUCUCGGUAUGUGCAGACGCUGCCGUUAUUCCUCAGGACUUUUACAACUACAGCGUGGAUAUGAGGGAAACAACCCAAGCCCAUCUCGCUUGCAGCUGCACACCUCAGUGCGCAUAACAACAAUUACUCUGUCACUUAGUCUCAAAGUUCUCAAUGUAAUAUUCAAUAAAGUCGCAUCGCAAAAUGA